AAGGGAGUCCCUUUUUAUUGUUUUCUGCCCGCUCUAGCCUCCCCAUGCUGUCCCCUGUUUCCCUCCCCUUUCAAAUGGAGCCAUGAAAACUUAUGCCACUGCUUCGGGGUAUAAAAUAUCUGAAUCUCUCUCAAAUUAACAAAAUAAUUUUUUAGAUGUUUCUCAUAUUCUCUAUAUCGCAAUGUUAAGCCUUUCCCUUCCCAGUUUCCAUUAAAAUUUGGUUUUCUUCCACUUCCUUUGCAUUACUUACCCACCAUUCACCAAUCCAGACAUUAGGUUUACUCUGCAUUGUUAAUUGCGAUCCUUCCAUCGGUUUAAUCCCAUUACAUUAGCAAUUUGCAAUUUUUCUUUUUCCAAAAUUUGGGAUCUUUCCGGUGUACAAUCCUUUAUUUCAACGCAAGAAAUUUUUUAACUUUUAAUAAAUGAUUGAUCUUCGGUUGAACUUUGAAAUGCCACAAUAACGUUUUAUUGAGGGCAGAGGGGGAGGAAAAUGAAGCUUCUAGUGCGAGUGAUUGAGGCGCGGAACAUGCAGGGAAAUGACCAAAAUGGGCUCAGUGAUGCCUACGUGAAAGUGCAGAUGGGGAAGCAGAAGUUCCGGACUAAGGUGGUGAAGAAAUGUUUGAACCCAUCAUGGUGUGAGGAAUUCGGCUUUCUGGUUGAAGAGUACAAGGAGGAAGAGCUGGUGGUUUCUGUUCUUGGCGAAGAUAAGUACUUCAAUGACGAUUUUGUGGGCCAGGUUAAGAUCAACAUUUCCCAGGUUCUUGAAGCUGAUGGGAAGUCCCUUGGAACUGCUUGGUACACUUUGCACCCCAAGAAUAAAAAAGCUAAGAAUCGGGACUGUGACAUGCAGGCCGGAAGUGACCUUUUUCCCCUGCCAUCAAAGAAGCAUAGUUUGGAUGUUGCAGGAAAUGAAUGUGUUUCAAGGUUUUCCUUUGGCUCAUUCAAUUUCCCGUCCCCAACGAGGUUAGAAGAAGCCAGCUCAUUCAAAGAAGAAAAACCGAAUUCGCAGACCUUAGUUGGCCGGCUUUAUCAAAUGUUCAACAAGAACAGCUAUGAACUAGCUGCAACCUCUGCAAAAUGUCCAGAUGUUUCUGAAAAUCUCUGUGCAUUGGAUAAUAAGGAGGAGGGUUCACAAGAGGAGCAGUCUUCAUCAUCAUCACUCAGCUUUGAAGAAAUGAUGAGAAGCAUGGAGAUGAGGGAACAAGAGAGUGAAAUUCCGAGUAAGUUGCCAGGAGUAGCCGUAGACCGAGUUUUUGCAAUCGCACCACGUGAGCUCAACUUAAUCCUCUUCUCUCCCGACUCAACCUUCCUCAAAUCGUUAAUAGACACCCAAGGAUCCACAGAGUUGUGUGUAGGUCCUUGGAAGUUCGACAAUGGUGGUCAGAGUUUAAAAAGAGUAGUCUCUUUCAUUAAGGCGGCGAGUAAAUUGGUCAAAGCUUUGAAAACUACUGAGGAGCAAACUUAUCUGAAAGCUGACGGGAAGACAUAUGCAGUAUCUUGCACAGUUACCACUCGGGACGCACCGUACGGGAACACGUUUAGGACAGAACUGCUCUACUGCAUAACCUCAGGCCCAGAUCUGCCUACUGGAGAAGAAUCUUCGAGGUUGAUGGUUUCAUGGCGGAUGAACUUCUUACAAAGCACUAUGAUGAAAGGUUUGAUUGAAAACGGAGCACGACAAGGAGUGAAGGAGAAUUUCGAGCAAUUCUCAAGCUUAUUGUCUCAGAGUGUGAAACCUGUUGAUGAGGGGGAGAAGCAGGUGGAAUUAGGAUCUCUUCAGCUGGAACCACAAUCAGACACAAAACUGGCCUUUCAGUAUUUUGCUAAUUUCACUGUGGUUUCUACGUUUGUCAUGGGAUUGUAUGUAAUUUUCCACAUCUUGAUUUCCAGCCCUAGCACAAUACAGGGAUUAGAGUUUAUUGGGCUUGAUUUGCCGGAUUCUAUUGGGGAGUUGAUUGUUUCUGGAGUGUUAGUAUUGCAGGGUACUCGUGCACUGAAGCUGGUUUCAGGAUUUAUGCAGGCAAGAGUACAAAGAGCCAAAGGUGGUGACCACGGAGUCAAAGCACAGGGAGAUGGUUGGCUAUUGACUGUUGCAUUGCUUGAAGGGAGUGAUCUGGUGGCAGUUAACUCAGGCGAUUGUUCUAAUCCAUAUGUGGUUUUUACCUGCAAUGGUAAAACUAGGGCGAGCUCAAUCAAGUUCCGAAGUUCAUAUCCUAAGUGGAAUGAAAUAUUUGAGUUUGAUGCAAUGGAGGAGCCGCCAUCUUUGCUGAAUGUUGAAGUUUUUUAUUUUGAUGGACCUUCCCAUGAAGCUACAUCUAUUGGACAUGCUGAAAUCAAUUUUGUUAAAACAAAAAUAUCAGAUCUGUCUGAUAUUUGGGUUACCCUUCAAGGCCAGUUUGCUCUAGCCUGCCAGUCUAAGUUGCAUUUGAGAAUUGUCUUGAAUAAUACAAAGGGUAGCAAUGUCGUCAAAGAUUAUUUGUCUAAGAUGGAGAAGGAAGUGGGAAAGAAGAUAAAAUUAAGGUCUCCACAAACAAAUUCAGCAUUCCAAAAGCUUUUUCAUCUUCCACCAGAGGAGUUCCUUAUCAACGACUUCUCUUGUCAGUUGAAGCGUAAAAUGCCCCUUCAGGGUCGUCUCUUUCUCUCUGCAAGAAUACUUGGAUUUCAUGCAGAUCUGUUUGGACAUAAGACAACAUUUUUCUUUCAUUGGGAAGAUAUUGAAGACAUUCAAGUCAUUCCAAAGACUUUGGCAUCAAUUGGCAGCCCUAUUGUUAUCAUGACUCUAAAGUCAGGCAAAGGCUUUGAUGCCAAACAUGGUGCAAAGACUCAAGAUGCAGAGGGCAGGCUUAAGUUCCAUUUUCAGUCCUUUGUAUCCUUCAGUAUGGCUCUUAGACUGAUCAUGGCACUGUGGAAGGCAAGAGCUUUGAGCCCAGAGGAAAAGGCACGAAUUGUUGAAGAAGAAUCCAAGGCUAAGAACCUCCAGAUGAGUGAUGAGGACUCAAUGGACAAAAACUUACACGUGGAUGAUGAGACUGAAGGGAAAAACAUACAAAGUGAAGAGACUGAUUUAUCCACGGGAGAUGAUGAUCUCACUAUGUCUAUUGCUUAUUCCUCUGUUCUUUCUAUUCCUAUUUUUUCAUGGAGUUGUUUAGCGGGAAUGAACUGGACAGAAGAGUAAUGGAGAGAGCGGGGUGUCUAAACUAUUCCUGCAGCCCAUGGGAAUCAGAGAAGACAGAUGUUUACCAAAGACAACUUUAUUACAAAAUUGAUAAAUGGAUAUCACGCUACAAAGCAGAGGUCACAAGCACACAACAGAAAUCCCGCCUUCCUGAUAAAAAUGGUUGGCUCAUCGAAGAGGUCUUGACAUUUCAUGGGGUCCCAUUGGGCGACUAUUUUAAUCUUCAUCACAGGUAUCAAGUUGAGGAUGUCUCAUCAAGAACAACAGGGUGCAAUGUGCAGGUAUACUUUAGGGUGCAAUGGUCAAAAUACAUUAAACAUCAGAAAAGAAUCACCAAGAACAUCACUUCCAAUCUUCAAGAGCAGUUGUUGAUAAUGUUUAGUGCACUUGAGAAGGAAUAUCUCUCGGAACAAUAAUUGGGCACGGUGAAACCACUAUUCAUCCACGACUACAACAGCAGCCAGUGGGGUUUUUCAUCAACUGAAUCAUACCGCUUGUGAAGCGCCUUAAGGUUGGCUUUCAGAAGCAGGCAUUCAGGGCGGAGUGCCUCUAUUCUUUCCCGACCGUGCAUCUCAGACAGGCGGUCCUCUAUUGAUGGGAUGGAAGUGUGAGGUGGAAAAAAAUCGGUCUGAUGGGAUCCAAAUGUAGGAUGGAAUAAACAUCAUGGCUGCCUAUUGGGAGAUGAAAAGAAGCCAAUUGAUCCACUAUUUUUUGCAUCUCAGCCUAACCUUUUGUUAACACAUGCAUCACCAGUCGUUUGGCAGCAAUCGAUACAAAUAGCCCUUGGAGUUUAUUUUCUGGAGAACUACAUAGCACACUAUACAACUUAAGUUAUAAAUAUAAAAGCAUUUUCUUCAACACUUUCUAUGCAAACAAGAAUAAUAAUAGAGUGUAAGAAUUUGUUCUGGUACGAAAAAGAUCAGGUCAGGUAGUUCUAACAGGAACCAUCGUCCGAACUAGUUUGUUUGAGGUGCUUUCAGGUGGGUUUUUUUAAUUAAAUUUUGUGAUAAUAUUUUUCAUUAAGGUUAGAUUACGUUCACAAAAUUUUAGCCUAAAAUGCAAUCUAGAAGUCAGUUAAAUAAAUUAUUGAAAAACAUUGCAUUUUGUAUACAUUUUGGCGUAGUGUUUUUCAAUAAUUUAUUUAGCCUAUUUCCCGAUUGAAUUUUAAGCUAAAGUUUUGUGGACAUAAUCCACACUUCAUGUAUAACAUUUUCACAAAAUUUCAUAAAAAAUUUAUACUCAGAAGUCAGAAGCACCUCAAAUAGAUGAGUUGGAACAAUGAUUCCCGUUAGAACUACUUGACAGGAUCAUUGCUCUCUUGUCAUAUGCAUAUAAUGUUGUGAUCGGA